AUGGGCGCGGUGCUGGGGAUUGGAAACACGGUUUGGGAAAGUUUGUUGGGCAAAGACUUCCAUGUGUUUUUGUCGACGGAAGACUCUCAAACCAACCCGGUCUUCUCAGGGUUCCUCACCUUCUGGUCCUACAUCAUCAUCCUCAACACUGUGGUGCCAAUCUCUCUUUAUGUAAGUGUUGAAGUGCUGCGACUCGGACACAGUUACUUCAUCAACUGGGACUGGCAGAUGUACUUUAGUGCCACGGACACUCCGGCUGAGGCCCGGACCACAACCCUGAACGAGGAGCUGGGUCAGGUCCAGUUCAUUUUCUCUGAUAAAACAGGAACUCUCACUCAAAACAUCAUGGUUUUCAGAAAGUGCUCCAUCAACGGACAAACAUACGGCGAUAUUUAUAAUGAAUUUCAUCAAAAAGUUGAAAUCACAGAGAAAACAGCCUGCGUGGACUUUUCCUACAACCCGCUCCGAGACACAAAGUUUACAUUUUACGACAAUCGUUUGGUGGAAGCUGUGAAACAAGAGGAUCCUUCGGUGCAAGAGUUCUUCCGCCUGUUGUCCCUUUGUCACACCGUCAUGUCAGAGGAGAAACAAGAAGGUGGUCUGGUGUACCAGGCCCAGUCUCCGGACGAGGGGGCGCUCGUGACGGCAGCAAGAAAUGUGGGAUUUGUUUUCCGGUCUCGAACCCCGGAGACAAUCACGGUGCAGGAGAUGGGACAGUCUGUGACCUAUCAGCUCCUGGCCAUCCUGGACUUCAACAAUGUUCGCAAGAGGAUGAGUGUCAUUGUUCAAAACCCUCUUGGUCAAAUCAAGUUAUAUUGUAAAGGCGCUGAUACUAUUAUCUUUGAGAGACUACAUUCAUCAGAAUCGGAGCUCAUGGAAAUCACCUCAGACCAUCUCAGCGAGUUUGCCGGAGAGGGUCUUCGGACUCUGGCUCUGGCCCACAGAGACCUGGACGAGGGUUAUUUUAAAGAGUGGAUGAAGAAAUAUCUGUUUGCGAGCACCGUCAUCGAAAACCGCGAUGAUGGGCUGGCAGCUCUGUACGAGGAGAUCGAGCAAGACCUGAGGCUUUUAGGAGCCACAGCGAUAGAAGACAAACUCCAGGAUGGUGUCCCAGAGACCAUCUCCCGCCUCGGUCUGGCUGAUAUAAAGAUAUGGGUGCUUACUGGGGACAAACAAGAAACGGCUGUGAACAUCGGGUACUCGUGCAGGAUGCUUCGAGACGAUAUGGACGAAGUGUUCCUUAUUUCAGGCAACUCUCUUCUGGAAGUGCAGCGGGAUCUCAGAAGGGCUAAAGAACAUAUCGUGGGAUGGAGCCAAGUGAGCAGGGUCUCAGAGGUGGAUUCGGAGCCGUACUCUGGGUCUGUACUCGAGGAAAUGAUUAUUCCAGAGUAUGCUUUGGUCAUCAAUGGGAACAGUCUGGCCCAUGCACUGGACCUCAGUCUGCAGUGUGUGUUUCUGGAGGUGGCGUGUCUGUGCUCAGCUGUGAUCUGCUGCAGAGUCACUCCGCUGCAGAAGGCUCAGGUCGUGGAGCUGGUCAAGACACACACCAAGGCUGUCACUCUGGCCAUAGGGGACGGCGCCAACGACGUCAGUAUGAUCAAAAUGGCUCAUAUUGGUGUUGGAAUCAGUGGCCAGGAGGGCAUGCAGGCGGUCCUCUCCUCUGACUUCUCCUUCGCUCAGUUUCGGUAUCUCCAGCGCCUCCUGCUGGUUCAUGGCCACUGGUCCUACUUAAGAAUGUGUCACUUUCUGCGUUAUUUCUUCUACAAAAACUUUGCCUUCACCUUAGUGCACUUCUGGUACGGGUUCUUCUGUGGCUUCUCUGCGCAGACAGUCUAUGACCAGUGGUUCAUUACUCUUUUUAAUAUUGUCUUCACAUCUUUGCCUGUCAUUGCAAUGGGGCUGUUUGAUCAGGAUGUAAAUGACAGAACCAGCCUGAGAUACCCCUGCCUGUACAAAGCAGGCCAAAUGAACCUCCAUUUCAACAAGCGUCACUUCUUCCUGUGCGCGCUGCAGGGACUGGCCACCUCUUUCCUCCUCUUCUUCAUUCCCUUUGGAGCCUUCUCAGUCCUGCUCAAAGAAGACGGUUUGAACUUGGACCAACAAGCUUUGGCUGUCACCGUUUCAACCUGUUUGGUCAUCGCUGUGAGCGUUCAGAUUGGACUUGAUACUCAGUACUGGACGGCCAUCAAUCAUCUCUUCAUAUUUGGGAGCGUAGCAGUGUAUUUCGCACUCAUGUUUGCGUUGCAGAGUAAUGGCAUGUUUGUCUUCACCAGUUCUUUUCCAUUUGUCGGUACGUCCCGCAACACCUUGUCAGAGCUGAACGUGUGGUUGGUCGUCCUGCUCACUACUGUGGUCUGUGUUCUUCCUGGACUCGUGGUCACUUUCUGCAGAGUUGACCUCUUCCCGACGCCAACAGACAAGGUUCGUCAGCUGCAGUUGGGGCGUGGUCAGGGUCAGGGUCCACGGAGUCCGAGUCUGAGGAGGGUCCGCCGGAGCAGCUCCCACCGGUCGGCUUAUGCCUUCUCCCAUCAGCACGGCUACGGAGAACUCAUCACCUCAGGCAGAAACAUGAAGAGCCCUGACUGCCCCGCGCCUUCUGCUGCUCCAGGACCCUCACCGCGGCACCACAACUGGAUCCACAAUGUGUUAAAAAAGAAGAAUGAAGUGGAUUGUGCUCCUGAAGAAAACACUGUAUCGGACCGUAAAAGAGCAGACGACACAGACUGA